GGGGGGGGGGGGGGGGUCUGAUGUCGCAAUCAGAACAGAUGAUCACAAGAGAGCUGCUGCAGAGUGAAGGCUCCGACUCUCCCUGAUGGACGCGGCGCUGCAGAAGCGUUUCUCGGCGCUGGACUACGUGAUCUUCGCGCUGCUGCUCGCUACCUCCCUCGCCAUCGGGCUGUACCACGCUCUGUCGGGGGGGCGGCAGCGCACCACGCAGGAGUUCCUGAUGGCCGACCGCAGCAUGAGCUGUCUGCCCGUCUCGCUGUCGCUCAUCGCCUCCUUCCAGUCCGCCGUGGCCAUCAUCGGCGUGCCGGGGGAGAUCUACGCCCACGGGACGCAGUACUGGUUCAUCGGCUGCUCCUACGUCCUGGGCCUCCUCCUCCCUGCUCACAUCUUCAUCCCCGUUCUCUACAGACUGAGGAUCAGCAGCGCCUACCAGUAUCUGGAGCUGCGCUUCAGUAAGGCGGUGCGAAUCUGUGGGACCGUGACCUUCAUCUUCCAGACGGUUGUGUACAUGGGACUGUGUGUGUACACUCCUGCCUUUGCACUGAACGCAGUUACUGGAUUUGAGAUCUGGGCCGCCGUGCUCGCCAUCGGACUGGUGUGCACGUUGUACACGACCAUCGGGGGUCUGAAGGCCGUGAUCUGGACGGACGUCUUCCAGACCGCGGUGAUGUUUGCUGGGCAGCUGGCCGUCAUCGUGGUGGGGGUGCAGAAGACCGGGGGAGCGUCGGAGGUCUGGAGGAAAGUCCGGGAGGGAAACCGCAUUGCUGGCCUCGAUCUGAACCCGGACCCCACGGAGAGACACACCUUCUGGACCCUGGGGGUUGGGGGGGUGUUCCUCAUGCUGUCCCUGUACGGAGUCAACCAGUCCCAGGUGCAGAGAUACCUGAGCGCCCGCUCGGAGAGGGAGGCUGUCAGGUCAGUAUACAUGGUGUUCCCCCCCCUGCAGCUCUCUCUGGCUCUCAGCUGUGUGAUGGGGCUCGUUAUGUUCGCUCGUUACUGUGGAGAGGAAUCCCCGCUGGGCACCUCCAACAGGGACGCUAUGGUGAUGUAUUUUGUGAUGGACAUGCUGGAGGGGCUGCCGGGUCUCCCUGGUCUGUUUGUGGCGUGUCUGUUCAGCGCUGCGCUCAGCUCCAUCUCCUCCUCCUUUAACUCCUUGGCCACGGUGACGAUGGAGGACCUGAUCAAACCUAGAUUCCCCACCAUGACGGAGGCCAGAGCCACGCUGCUGUCCAAGGCUUUAGCGCUGUUCUACGGGCUGCUGUGUCUCGCCAUGGCCUUCCUCACUCACCUGAUGGGAGACUCGGUGCUGCAGGUGGCGCUGAAGAUCUUCGGGAUGGUUGGGGGUCCGGUUCUGGGUCUGUUCUGUCUUGGGAUGUUCUUCCCCUGGGCGAACUCCACCGGGGCAGUGGCGGGUCUGCUGUCCGGACUGGGUCUGGUGUUCUGGGUCGGGGUCGGCAGCAUUGUGAACCGCGGCGCCGGCACCAAGACGCUGCCUCCAAGCUGCAGAGCUGCAAACGCCUCGGCGCACCUGCAGGAGGUGCUGUGGAACGUCACUCUGAGCCGCCCCUCCGGACUGAAGAGGCUGUACUCGCUGUCCUACAUGUGGUACAGCGCCUUCAGCUGCCUCAGCGUCGUCUUCGUCGGACUCUUCGUCAGCUUCCUCUCAGGCCCUCUGAAGGAGGAGGACGUGGCUCCAGGAACAGUUUAUCCGUGUUUAGGGAAGCUGCUGUGUUUCCUUCCUGAACGUCUGAAGAAGAAGCUGUGCUGCGUCACGCCGCUGGGACACACGCUGGCGGCUCCACAGAAGGAGAUGAACAGUCUGACUCAGGAGGACGGAGAACCAGCGGAGGCUCAGACUCUGCUGAUUGAGCGAGAAACUAACGUGUGAAAUAUACGUUAAACAUCUGGAGACACGAAGCACUGGAACUGAACAGAUGUGCAGACAUAUCUCAGUGUGCAGAUCAUCUCUCUGGAUAAUCAGUAUACUUUUAUUGCACAUAGCCUGCUGCUACUCUCGUGACUUUCAGACUGUUUUGCGUCGUAAUUUCCUGCUGACUCAUCACUAACGCUUCAGGCUUUUAACAAUCUAAACGGUUUCCCAUGACGAUAUCCAGAUCCUCCAGUCCACGCUGCAGGAUCCCUCCAUCGCGCCGUACACCUCCUCGCCCCCAGUGCAUCUUGCAUUUGAUUCGAGCGUGGCGUGGAGCGUGCAGGAGGCCGGAUACGUAGCCCGAUGAGAAUCUAAAGAACCGAGUGUCUCGCUGUUCCUCGAGUUUGAGAGUUCCUGCACGGCCGCAGACGUGUUGCUUCUUGCAGGUUUCAAUGAGAUGGAGGUUCUGCCUGUGGUCUGUGUGGCGUGUCAGGAAGGAUCCCUGGUCUUUAAACUGCAAACUAACUCAGGAGACAGAAGCUGCUAAGGGCCUCUAUUUCUCCACUUAAGUAUUCAAACUCUCAGUAGCUGUGAGGACCAAAGUGCCUCCUCCCUCAUCUCUGUACACUUAGCUAAGGUGCCGACUGUUUGUGCAACACGCCGACUCGAUGAACUAAAUCUCUGGACAUUUACAGUCUCUACUCAUGCAUUAGCUCAGCUGGACAUACUCGGGAGCCAGCCGGCGACAGCCCGUCUGAGGGUGGAGUGUUUACGGUACAGGAGUGAGGUUAACGACCAGUCCGGCGCUUCCUGGGAGCUGUGCAGAUUAAUUACACACCCGACGUGACGCAGAGUAAGAGCUGAAUAUCGCCGACAGAUCCGUUCUGCUUUUCUAGUUUGUUUUUUUAUUUGGUCGCCUUUGCUUUGCUUACGUGAUGUGUGUUCUGUAAAGCGCUGCAGCGGAGCCGAUCGACACACAAUCCAUUCAGAAAAGACGUUCCUAUUCCCUUAAAACAUGCUUUCUGAAGAGACAUUUGGAGUUUUCGAUAAAGCAUUUGAUAUUCAGGCCAAAGGAAAGUAAUGUAAAUAAAACUUCACCGUAUGAUUUCAAAUAAAUGUGCAAAGUAAAACUAAUCUGGACGGAAGCGUAAAUAAUUUGGGUAUUUAAACAUGCAUUCAGGGUCAGAAAUCAGGAGGGUAAAAAUACCCUAAAUGUAUUUAAUUUGAUCAUUUAUGACUCUUCUUUGAGUGUGUGAUCUCCCUAUAUUCUUUUUGAGACUAAAUACGAAGUGUACGCCUGCACUGACACGAGUAGCGCAGCGGACGCUCCCUGGAAAACGAUCCCCACGGAUCUUGGUUUACAGAGGGUUUCCUGAUGUUUUGUCUGAGCUCUUUGUGUUUGAUGGAGAGUGAACUGCACUACACUGUUUGUAUCAGAUCCCUGUGAACUUUAAGGCAACUGUAAAUGUGUUAUAGCUGUACUCGGAGAACGGUGCUUCCUUUUGAAUAAUGAUGAACGAGUGAAUGUGUCUGUGUCGCAGCUUUGGAACUGACAGAAACUCUUAUUUUGAAAAGAGGGUUUUCCUUGUUUAUUACAAUUGUUUUGCAAUCAUAUUUUCCCGUUAAUUGAAUUGAAAUUGGUUAUUGGAAAAUGUCUGUUCUGAUUGUUUACAGUAAAUAAACUGGAUGGUAAUAAGUAAUGUCA